GAAAAAAAAACUUUUCCCAUCGCUUAGCACCUGUCCGAAAAACUUGGUGCCUGUGACGGCACGUGUACUUUCUCGCACCGAGCCUUUCGAUUCAAACGAGGAGUCAUGUAUUCUUUAGCUUCUUUCUCCCGAACGUGGUGACGGCGUGAGCAAAAAAAAAGGGGGGGGGGAGGGGAGGAAUGAGGAGUCCAGGUUUGUGUAACCAUCUGCGAGCAUCAAGUGCAUUGCACCUUCUCUGCUUCUGGAAAGAAUAGCACAGGAACAAUGUGCCCAGUCGACCGAAUGGGUCCCGUGGCGGUCCUUGUAGCUCUGCCUCCAACGAACCACUGAUACCUUCGCUCCUCCUCCACCUUCUGCUCACCGGUCGCUCCGUCCAGGUUUCUUCCGGCUUUCUGGCUACCAAGUAGUGGUGUUCGAGCCGAUUUGACCAACAGUCCUUCGCCAGUCGUCCUAUCGACUAGUAGUACUCCAAAUCUUCCAUCUCGACGUUCAGUUAUUCUUCGUUUCAGUGUCUACUAUUGGCCCUUAGCUGCGGCCGAUUCGUGAUUUAAGUUACCUUAAUUGGAAACCCGACAUAGUGUCAACAACAUCCAACGUUUGGAGAUUAAGCGGACUCAAUGAUGGCGCGGAGCAGUUUCCUCUUCCUGUUCCUGUCCACUCUGGUGUUGAUUCAUUCUGUAACGAGUUGCGGCUACCCGGGAUCCCCCUCUCACGCCGUGGUGACCUUCACGCCGGACUUUGUACGACCCGGAACGGUAGCGACUUACGAAUGCGAGCCGGGCUUCGAGUUGCUCGGUCCGUCGCGACGCCUCUGCUCCACCAACGGAACUUGGACACCUGCCGGCAUCCCUUUCUGUGUUUUGAACGUGGCGGCCGGUAAGGCGCCGAUGCAAUCUAGUGUGGCCGGUGGCGGCGUUCCAGAGCGAGCCGUCGACGGUAGCACCAGCAAUUUCUUCACGCCGGAAACGUGCAGUUUGACCGAAGUGGAGCGUUCCCCUUGGUGGUACGUCAACCUUCUAGAGCCGUACAUGGUCCAGCUGGUGCGACUCGACUUUGGCAAACCUUGCUGCGAGGAUGGUAAGCCGGCCACAAUUGUUGUGAGAGUAGGCAACAGCCGUCCCGACAUGGGAGUCAAUGCCGUCUGUAACCGCUUCACUGGUUUCAUUGAAGAGGGACGCCCGCUCUUCCUCCCGUGCAAUCCUCCCAUGGCCGGAGCGUUUGUCUCCGUUCAUCUCGAAGGGCCGGCGGGCAACAGCCUCUCCAUUUGCGAGGCAUUCGUCUACACAGAUCAGGCUCUGCCUAUUGAAAGAUGUCCACAAUUCCGCGAUCAAGAACCCGGCAGUAGUGCCACCUAUAACGGUAAAUGUUAUCUGUUUCACGACAAUCAACCACUCAACUUCAACGAGGCCCGACAAUUCUGUGAAGCCCGUGGCGGAUCACUGAUUGAUGAAACCAAUCCAGCCUUACAGGGAUUCGUUAGUUGGGAAUUAUGGAGGCGGCACAGCCGGAAUGACCCAAGUGGUCAGUAUUGGUUAGGGCUUAUGCGAGAUACAGUUGAUCGUAGCAAUUGGAAAUGGCUUUCGGGUAAAGACGUCACUGUCUCAUUUUGGAAUUUGCCCGGUGGCGGAGAGAAUUGCGCCCGCUACGAUGGCACCAAAGGAUGGCUUUGGUCAGACACCAAUUGCAACCGCAAACUCUUCUUUAUUUGCCAACAUCGUCCAAAGUCGUGCGGACGGCCUGAACAACCAGCCAACGGCACAUUGAUAGCUGAUAAUUUCAAUGUCGGAAAUCGAGUGGAAUAUCGUUGUGAUGCGGGCCACAUGGCCGUUGGCCCAACUACCAGGACAUGCCUCUCAUCUGGAUUCUUCGGGGAAUAUCCGCCCGUAUGCAAAUAUGUUCAAUGCGGAAUGCCGGCCCGGAUUCCCAACGGUGGUUACAAGCUGGUCAAUGACACACGCCACUAUCUCAGCAUGACUUCGUACUCUUGUAAUGAUGGCUACCAACUCAUCGGCCGUGGAGAUCUUAUCUGUGACAUCGAUGGUCGUUGGAACGGACCUCCACCUCGUUGUGAACCCGUCUACUGUCUCGAACCGCCCGUCAUCAACAAUGGCGGUUUCCGGCUCUCGACCAACUCGACCGUGGCCGGAACGGUGGUCGAGUACUACUGCCUGACCAACUCGCGCUAUCGGAUGUCGGGGCCCAGCCGCAUCGUCUGCCAAUCCGACGGCCAUUACGAUCGGGACCCUCCCGUUUGCGUCGACGCGGAAGACGAGGACUCUCGCCAGCCGGAAAAGAAUGUGAUGCCGGUCGAUCGCAAGAUUGACCUUCCCCUGCAAUCACACGAGACCGAAUAUGAUUACGAGUAUUACGACGAGAGCCAUGAUGAGGGUUUCAUCCCAGCAAAUUUUGCCUCCAAAUUCAACCCACCUGUGCCCACCGCUAAAAUCAGCCCUAGCAGCACAGUUGCGCCCACCACCAUGAAACCUGUUGCGUCGACGAGAAGCACGAUACCUAGCACAAUUAGCACUACAACAGCGGCACCGACGACCAAGAGCACAAGCACCACUCGCGCAAAGGUCACGAAAGUGGAGAGUACAGUUCGAUCGACGACAACAACGACUAGUACUUCUGUUCGGCCGAAAAGUACUUCUAUGCCGACUGUACCUACUCGGAGACCAUUCGACCCGACACGAUUGACGAAGCUUAACAACAGACCCACUGGCACAAGCCAAAGCCGGGCAGGCGUCUUUUCUAAUGACAACAACAGAGUUAAAGCUAACGUGGCCCUUAAUGUCCCCAAUGGCCCUGUCUAUCUCUCUCCUCAAGAUAACGAGAUUGCCGACAGUUCCAACGUCAAGAACAACGUGCCGCCCAAUGUCAACGAGCCGCAAAAUACCAUCGAAUCCGACAGCCAAGGAUUUACCCCAAAGCUGAAUUUAGGAGGCAUCAUCGCGCUAGGAGUUUUUGGAGGUUUCGUCUUCCUAUCGGCCAUCAUCACCACGUUCGUCAUCGUCGUCCGCCGCAUUCGUAAUGAUAAACGCUAUCGGCGCCGCGGAGCAUCCAGCGAGACCCAAACAGCCGCCACUUUCGACUCGUCCAGCAUUGAUGCGGGAGCAGGGGGAACGGGCGCGGCUGGGUUAAGCAAAUCGUAUCGUCAGGCUUGGGAUAAUUUACGUGAUCCUGAACAACCGAAGCGCACCAAGAGUCAUCAUCACCAUCACGCUCAAGCUUCUCGCAAGGAGACCAUGGAUGACCCGAAUUAUCGAACUCGUCACAGCGAAGUCGUUCGUGAAGAAGGCGAAAUGGUCGUCUCGGAUGUCUACCCUAAAUCGGGAACUAAACAUCAUCAUGGCGAAAAGAAGCGUCAUCAUCACCAUCAUCACCAUAAACAUAGCAAACGUAACGCUGGGGGUGAUUGGUAGAUGUAGAAGGGGGGAAACCUUAAGAAAGAAAAAUGAUUUUUCUUCUUCCGACUUUGUUUUUGUUGUUGUUGCUGGUGGGCGCAUGAUGAAAUUGAAUGGAACUAGAUACAAAAAUUUGUUUCCAUUCAGCUUUGGGAUAUAUUACAGCUGAAAUCCAAAAUGUGUACGUAUAUUCUAUUGUUGGUUAAGUCUUUUACUGUUACGAUUACUAAAUCGUUUUCUCCCAUUUUUAUUAUGGUUUCUAUUUUCAUCCCACGUCAUUUACUUUCACCCAUAAACUUACUUGUGAAAUGUUGAAAAUACCUGCGUCAGGAAGAUUUGAAUCGUUACAAAUUAUCGUCGUUAUAAUCCGAUGUGGUGGAUACACAGCGCUUGUGUUAAGCUGUGCUUGUAAACAUAAACCCUUUUUUUUCAACAGCGUUUUUACGAAGGCAUUGGCCGAUUUGUCUGCGUUUUGCAGGGGUCAACUUCAGUUUUCUUUGUACAUAAUGCCAUUUUCCUUAUAACCUAUUACCUGUGUGAUUUAACAUAUAUUUAAGGGUGCUUCCCAAGACACAACUUCCUUUCCGUUUGAUUUUUUAAUAGUAAUUUGCACUACAUAUAUUGCCUCACUUUCUUUUGAUUACCAUAAAUAGUUUCUACAUGCCACUUAUGUAUUUAAAUGACUGAUGCUUGACGUAAGUAAUAAAAUCAUUUGGAAAAGCAAA